UUUUUUUUGCCUCCACAAUUAUAUUAUCUUUUUGAGUGAGAAACGAAGGGUAGAAGAUCAAAUAAAAUAUUUCGUUUUCACAGUAUGCAAAAUCUAAAAAUCAUGAAUCAUUAUAUAAUCCAUGAUUAUCAUCUAAAAAUUUGUAUUAUUGCAUAUUUGCCUACAAAAAAUAUUACAAAAUAAUCAAUAAUAAGUAUUGAAAUGUAUAUAUAGUGAAAGUAAAGAUUUUUAACCUGAUUAUAUUUUAGUAGGUGAUAUGAGGGAUUGAACCGAAAAUCUCUUUAUUUUAUACAAGGAAUGAGCCAUCGAUUUAGUUGAAGGAACACUGUGAGAAAUAUACUCCAUCCUCCCUACUAAAAGUGAUUUGUAUUCGAUUUUAGAUUAUCACAUUAUAAGUGAUUUGUUUUUACAAAUGAAAUUUUUUAACUCAUAUAAAAAAGUGUAAGUCUUAUCAUUUUUAAUCACUUUACAUAUAUUUUAUGUAAUAAAGGGAGGAGGGAGUAUAAUCUAAACCAAUUAAAUCUUACCACAUUUUACCAUAACAAAAAAGCAAUAUUUUAAUUUUAAAGAAAAAAUGUUGAUUAUAUUUUUAGUAAAAUCCAAAAGUGGUUUCUUAGUAGGUGCAUUUUGACUGCCCCUCAUCCAAAACCCUAUCUCUUCCACUAUCCCCCAACUUAUGCUCCCUCUCUCUCUCACACACACUAUAUAUGCGUGCGGAUUUCUCUGCUCCUUUAAACAAACUCCAUCAACAGACUUACCCGAACUCUUAGCUCAAAAACCAACUAGAAAAAGAAAAAGAAAAAAAAUUAGAAAAUUAUGAGAUCUAUGAAUCUGGUGGAUGCGUGGGUCCAAAACCUCUCAAUCUUCAAGCAGCCAUGCCCCUCCAAAUCCCUGGUCGGAUUCAUCCACCACCCGAGAUUCGAACCCGUUUUCCUGAAAUCACGGAGGCGCAUUUCCUCCCACGGCGUCUCCGCCGUGCUCACCGGCGAGGAGGCCAGAGUGUCCACGCAGAGAGACGAUGCGCCCUUCAAUUUCAACGCCUACGUCGUCGAGAAGGCGAAUCACGUGAACAAGGCGCUUGACGACGCCGUGGCGGUCAGGAAUCCGCCGAUGAUCCACGACGCGAUGCGCUACUCCCUCCUCGCCGGAGGCAAGCGCGUCCGCCCCAUGCUCUGUAUCGCCGCCUGCGAGAUCGUCGGCGGCCCCCAGUCGGCGGCGAUCCCCGCCGCCUGCGCCGUCGAGAUGAUCCACACCAUGUCUCUCAUCCACGACGAUCUACCCUGUAUGGACAAUGAUGACCUCCGCCGCGGCAAGCCCACCAAUCACAAGGUCUUCGGCGAAGACGUUGCUGUGCUCGCAGGGGAUGCUCUGUUGGCUUUCGCGUUUGAAUUCAUGGCCACGGCAACGACGGGGGUGGCGCCGGAAAGGAUACUGGCGGCGGUGGGGGAGCUGGCGAAGGCGAUCGGGACAGAGGGGCUGGUGGCGGGGCAAGUGGUGGACCUGAACUGCACCGGCGAUGCAAACGUAGGGUUAGACACAUUGGAAUUCAUACACAUACACAAAACUGCUGCAUUGUUAGAGGCCUCUGUAGUUUUGGGGGCUAUUUUGGGAGGUGGAAGCAGCGAUCAAAUUGAGAAAUUAAGAACUUUCGCUAGGAAAAUUGGUCUGCUUUUCCAAGUUGUGGAUGACAUUUUGGAUGUGACCAAGUCUUCGGAGGAGUUGGGAAAGACGGCUGGGAAGGACUUGGCCGUCGACAAGACCACGUAUCCCAAGCUGCUGGGGCUGGACAAGGCCGUGGAGUUUGCCGAGAAGCUCAACGAGGAGGCCAAGGCGCAGCUCGCAGGGUUCGACCCGAGCAAGGCGGCUCCACUGACCGCGCUGGCCGAUUACAUUGCACAUAGGCAGAACUAACUUAAGCUAGUUAGUUUUGCUGCUAAUGAAAAGUUUGGUGUUUGUUGUAGAAAAAAAAAAAGAAAAAAAGAGAGAGAGAGAUAUUCUGCUAUGCCAUGAAAUAGCAUAGCAAUUCAACUUAUAUGAUUUCUUGUUUCUUGAUCAUAUCAUAAUCCUACUUGGUGUUUACGCAUCUCA